AUGUCUCAACCAGCCGAAUCCAAGGCCGCAGCAGACCCUGAGGUCCAGCAAACCCAUAACUUUGAUGGGCAAGGCACCCAGGAAGACCCCUUCAUAGUCGAAUUCCAAAAAGAUGACCCAGGGAAUCCUAUGAACUGGUCUCAAUUCAGGAAAUGGUUCAUUACCGCCAUUGUGACCUUCUCUGUCUUUGCCAUCACCUUUACAUCUUCCGCAUACUCUGCUUCCGCAAAUGAGCUCAUUCCAGACUUCGACAUCAGCACAGAAGUGUUUACAGUUGGUCUGUCCCUCUUUGUUCUUGGAUCUGAACUAUACGGAAGACAAGCUCUCUGGAUCGUCUCCCACGUUGCCAUGGUGGGCUUCAUUGGAGGUUCCGCUGGAAGUCGAAACGUCGCCACCCUCCUGGUGUUGCGAUUCUUCAGCGGCACCUUUGGAGGCUCACCGUUAGUCAACUCGGGCGGUGCCAUUGCAGAUCUCUUCCCCCCGGCUCAGAGAGGCCUCGCGAUGACACUGUACUGUGUCGCGCCGUUCCUCGGUCCCAUCCUUGGUCCUAUCGUUGGCGGGUUCGUCUCUGAAAACGUUGGAUGGAGAUGGGUCCAGGGGGUGUGCUGCAUCUUUAUCGGCGUGAUUGGUAUCAUCGGCGUCAUCUUUGUGCCUGAAACUUAUGGGCCGGUAUUACUGAUCAGGAGGGCAAACCAGCUCUCCAAAGCCCACGGUAAGGUUUACAUCAGCGUCCUCGAAAAGAACCAAGGCAAGAAGAAGCCGUCGGAGGUCUUCCAGCGAGCGCUCAUUCGGCCUUGGGUUCUGCUCUUCCGCGAGCCCAUCGUGCUGGUUGCCUCGCUCUACAUGGCCAUUAUCUACGGCACGGUCUACAUGUUCAUGAGCGCCAUGCCCAUCGUGUAUAACGAACAACGCGGCUGGAGCGAGGGCAUCGGCGGGCUCGCCUUCAUGGGUAUCGCCGUUGGCAUUAUCAUCGGAUUACUCUACGCCAUCCACGACAACAACAACCGUUACACAAAGCUCUUGUUGUCCAAAUCAGCAACUGCCGAAUCUCGACUCCCACCCGCCAUCGUCGGCGCUGUGGCCCUACCAGUCGGCAUGUUCGCCUUCGCCUGGACCAAUUACCCCCACAUCCACUGGUCCGUCAGCAUGGUCCUCUCUGCACCCUUCGGCUUCGGCUGCGUCCUUGUCAUCCUGCCGAUCGUCAACUACCUGAUUGACGCGUACACCAUCUACGCGGCGUCUGUUCUUGCAGCUGCCGCUAUUUUCCGCUCGAUCGUCGGGGCUGUGUUUCCCUUGUUUACUACCCAGAUGUAUGACAAKCUUGGGAUUCACUGGGCGAGCUCACUACCGGCCUUUUUGACGUUGGCUUGCAUGCCGUUCCCGUUCGUCAUGUAUCGCUACGGUGGGGCGCUGCGGAUGAAAUGCAAGUAUGCGUUCGAGGCUGCGGAGAUGAUGAGGCGGAUGCAGAUGCAGCAGGCACCUGCGCCAGUCAAGGAGGAGGAAGAUUCCCCUUCGGAGUGA